GACUUCGCGGACCUGGGCCUGGCGCCCUGGGUCGUGGCGUCCUGCGGAGCCCUGGGCAUGGCGGUGCCGUCGGCGAUCCAGCGCGGCGCGAUCCCCGCGACGCUCCGCGGCGACCACGUGCUCGGCGUCGCGGAGACGGGCAGCGGGAAGACGGCCGCGUUCGCGCUCCCGAUCCUCGACGCGCUCUUCCGCGACCCCUUCGGCGUCUUCGCGCUGUGCGUCGCGCCGUCGCGCGAGCUCGCCGCGCAGCUCGCGGACCAGUUCGCCGUCUUCGGCGCGCGGCAGCGCGUCCGCGUCGCCUGCGUCACGGGCGGCGUCGACGGCGUCGCGCAGGGCCUCGAGCUCGCGAGCGGCCGGCCGCACGUCGUCGUCGGCACGCCCGGCCGCCUCGCGGAGGUCUGCGAGCGGUGCGAGGUCGCGGCGACGCUGCGCUGCGCGGCGUUCCUCGUGCUCGACGAGGCGGACCGGCUCCUGUCGCCGUCGCUCGGCCCGGACGUCGGCCGCGUC